GCAAGCUCCUCCAGAGAAAUCAGAGCCAAGCGUGUUGCCCUGCGAGAAGCACCUCAGCUCACUUGCAGACAUGUCCCCCUGCCCCAACAGCUACUCCUCUAUCCACCACCUCAGGAUGUCUGAGAGAGACAACAUAAAACUAAGGAAACCCAUAGUGGAGAAAAUGCGCAGGGACCGCAUCAACACCUGCAUCGAGCAGCUCAAGGUCAUCCUGGAGAAGGAGUUCCACAAGCAGGAGCCCAACUCCAAGCUGGAGAAGGCCGACAUCCUGGAGAUGACGGUGAGCUUCCUGAGGCAGCAGCUGCAGUCGGGUCUCUGUCAGAGUUACUCCCGCUGCCUGAGGGACUCGGUUCACUUCCUGUCCGUCGGCUCAACCACGGAGGCCUCGGCCGGACCUCAGCAGGUCCUCCGGCAGCCAGAGCAGACGCUCCAUCAGACACAGAGAGCCAGCAGCUGCUCCCCGCUCAGACCCGACUCGCAGCCGGACAGCAGCAGCAGCAGCAGCAGCAGCAGCAGCAGCAGCAGAGGCCCGGUGUGGAGGCCGUGGUAGAGAGACUUCCUUGAGACCUGAGGGGAGCCGAUCUCUCCCUCACUAUGUAGGAAAUUUAUUUCCAUCCUGCUCUUUCAGCGUGGGUUCAUUUAUUGUCUCAUCACAUUGAUGGACAAGUAAACGCAAUGUGCUUUCCCUCUUGUUGCCUGAUUUGUCUUUCUUCGUGUUAAAAACUGAGGAUUCAUUUUGAGUGACAUAGUUGUGUUUUUGUGAUGUGAUUGUUUUUUACUCCGGUGGAGUUUAUCUUGGGUCUGCUUUAUGUAACAGUAUAUGUUUCUGCCUCACUGUGUGUUACUGACAGCCUUUUUUUGAGAAUAUUUCUCUUCUGUUUUGAACUUUCUAUGCCAAAUUUUAGUUAUUAGCCCACAAGUGCAUGUAUGUACUGAUAUUGUCUGGUUGGAUGUUGAUGUUAAUACUUUUCUUUCAAGGUUUUGACCUUUUUGUUUUUUAAUUU